AUGAAGAUCAAUUCGGAGUCGGUGGUUCUAGACCAGGUGCGCGUGUUCACCGCCUGUGUCCACUCGGUAGUGCUUGAAGAAUUGGUCAAGUUCGUUUAUGGGGAUCUAAAAUCAGUACUCGACGUUGGACAGACCAAGACCGGAGUAGCGUACUACAGUUCUUGCACUAUCCUGACACCGUUGAACGUCAACGUCGAUUCCAUCAACGUCCCCCUCCCAACAUAA